AUGUAUAAACCUACUGGCACAAUGAACGACAGAUACUCCAAGUUAUCAAAGAUUGGGGAAGGAACAUAUGGCAUUGUUUACAAAGCUGAAGAAAAGAAAACGGGUCGCGUCGUUGCUUUGAAAAAAAUGCGACUUGAGUCUCAUAAUAACGAAGGAGUAUCUGGUACCGCAAUGCGAGAGAUAACAAUAUUAAAAGAAACAAAUAACAAAAAUGUUGUAAAGUUGUUAGAUACCAUUCAUGCAGAUAAGGACCUUUACCUUGUGUUUGAAUAUCUUGACAUGGACUUGAAAAAAUACAUGGCAUCGACUCCACAAUUUUCAACCGAGACAAUAAAGAAAUUACUCUUUCAGCUAGUUAGUGGUGUUUAUUAUUGUCAUUCUCGGCGCAUACUUCAUCGUGAUCUGAAGCCUCAAAACCUACUCAUUGACUCAAAUGGCAAUUUGAAAUUGGCCGAUUUUGGUUUAGCAAGAGCAUGUAGCAUUCCAAUGAGAGCUUACACACACGAGGUUGUAACUCUUUGGUAUAGAGCCCCUGAAAUUCUUUUGGGCUCUCCGCAAUAUUCAACUGGUGUUGACAUGUGGAGCGUCGGAUGUAUUUUUGCAGAAAUUUUAAAAAAAGCUGCAUUAUUCCAAGGCGAAAGCGAGAUUGAUCAAAUUUUCAAGAUAUUUUCUAUUCUCGGAACUCCCGAUGAAACACUUUGGCCAGGAGUAACUAAUCUCCCAAAUUUCAAUGUCACAUUUCCAUAUUGGGAGCCGCAGCCGCUCGAAAAAUCCUUUACUGAAUUGGACGAUAGAGGAAUCGAUCUUUUAGAUGGAUUUUUGACUUACGAGCCUAGUUGCCGAAUUUCAGCAAGAGCCGCACUUUUUCAUCCUUAUUUUGAAAAUUGUAAUGAAAUGCCAUUUUGA